CCACCCAAGUACUUGAUAAGCUGUUAAACAAGCAGUUGGUGCAGAAAAUAGACUUAAGGGCUGUUCUAGCUGUAUUACUUCCUAACACCUAGAGGACUGGUGAUGCUUAAACUAAAAAGUAGGAUCUCCAGAUGCAAGCUAGCUAUUUGGCUAGUUUCCUCCUUAUUUCUCCAAACGUAUGGACUGGAUGUGUCCAGACCCAACAUUUUGCUGAUCAUGGCGGACGAUCUUGGGUAUGGGGAUUUAGGAUGCUUUGGCAAUGAUACCAUCAGGACUCCUAAUAUUGAUCAGCUGGCAAAGGAAGGAGUGAGGCUUACUCAGCACAUUGCUACAGCCUCACUUUGUACCCCCAGCAGGGCAGCUUUUCUGACUGGCAGAUACCCAAUCAGAUCAGGCUUGGCAUCUAGAACGGAGUCUCGUGUCUUCUCCCGCAUUGGUUGCUCAGGAGGGCUACCCACAAAUGAAACAACAUUUGCUAAGUUAUUACAGCAGCAAGGCUAUACCACUGGCCUAAUAGGAAAAUGGCACCAGGGUAUGAACUGUGAAUCUCACAACGAUCACUGCUACCAUCCGUUAAACCAUGGCUUUGAUUUUUUCUAUGGCAUUCCUUUUACGCUUGUAAAUGACUGUCAGGCUGGCAAGAUUCGCGAGCUGAGAGCAUCAUUGCAAGCAACAUAUUGGUUUUACACGCAAAUGGUUGCCCUUUUGGUGUUCACUCUUCUGUUGGGGAAGAUGACUGGUUUGUUCUCUGUGAAAUGGAAAAUAAUAGUAUUUGUUACUUUGAGCGGCAUCUUAUUUUUUAUCUCCUGGUUUGCCAAUUACGGAUUUUCAAGAUAUUGGAACUGUUUCAUGAUGAGGGAUCACGUAAUUACUGAACAACCCAUUAAGCUAGAGAACGCUGCUUCCAGGAUACUGAAAGAGUCUGUUUCCUUUAUUGAACGAAACAAGCAAGGACCAUUCCUCCUCUUUGUUAGUUUCCUACAUGUCCACACACCCUGCUUCACAACAAAGCUGUUCCGUGGGAAAAGUAGGCAUGGUUUAUAUGGGGACAAUGUAGAAGAGAUGGACUGGAUGGUGGGAAAAAUUCUUGCUGCUAUUGAUAAAGAGGGCAUGAGGAACAACACCUUCACUUACUUUACAUCUGACCAUGGCGGAUUUUUGGAGGCUAGAGAAGGAAAUGUCCAGCUUGGUGGAUGGAACGGUAUAUACAAAGGUGGAAAAGGCAUGGGAGGCUGGGAAGGAGGAAUCCGUGUGCCUGGAAUAGUCAGAUGGCCAGGAAUGGUUGCUGCUAACACUGUCCUUGAUGAACCCAUCAGUCUAAUGGAUAUUUAUCCCACAGUGGCUCACUUGGCUGGGGCAUCAAUGCCACAAGACAGGGUAAUCGAUGGCAGGAACCAGAUAGCUUUAUUACGGGGAGCAGUGCAACAUUCAGAGCACGAAUUCAUGUUUCACUACUGUGGGCUGUAUUUACAUGCUGUGCGCUGGUACCAGAAAGAAAGUGGUGCUCUCUGGAAGGCCCAUUAUGUGACUCCAACAUUUGAUCCAGAUGCGGCCGGAGCCUGUUAUGAAAAAAGGCUUUGCCAUUGCUUUGGAGAAAUGGUAACCCACCACAACCCUCCCUUGCUUUUUGACCUCUCAAAUGAUCCUUCCGAAGCCAAUCCCUUGUCACCGGCAUCUGAGCCACUUUUUAACACAGUUGUAAGUCAUAUUGAAAGAGCAGUGGCACAGCAUCGUAGGACACUCACUCCUGUCCCAGAACAACUUGAUGUGAACAAUAUCAUAUGGAAGCCAUGGUUGCAGCCAUGUUGUGGAACAUUCCCGUUCUGUUGGUGUGAUGACAAAAGUAAUAGUGAUCCCAUAAUCAUUUAA